AGAGAGCGAUAGCAAGCAACGAGGGAGGUGCCGACUAUCACGAUCUUUCGUACCUUCAUCUCGACCGUCAUCCUCUGUUUUUUAUUGCUUUGUCUUCCACCCCAUAUCUGCGCUUUGAAUCCGUCUUAACCCUUACAAUGUCCGAAGCCUUCCGCCGUCUUCCACAAAUGAGCUCUUCAAUCCCAAGUCAACUCCUUAAUUUUGGCCAUUUUCUCUUCCUGUGACCCCCCUGGUGAUGAAAAGCUGCGGAUUCGUCCUCUUGGAUCCGGUUUCCUCGAGCUCGCGGCGCCUGUCCUUUCAAGUUUGGAUUUUCCUAGAAUCAUUUUGGAAAAAGUUGGCAUCUUCCCGUCGAAAGUUCGAAUUUUUGUUAGUUUGCUGCUUCAAAGAUUCGAUCUUUGAGGUUCUUGACUCGGUGGUGUUCCUGCGAUGGAACUCCUUUCCGACGAUGCGGCAGCAGAGGGAGGAGAGGUGGAGAGGGAACCCUCGGGCGAGCCGCUGGUGAGAGAACCCCGACAUUGUCGGACCCAUUUCCCCGGCGCCGUGCGGCAAAAAGCCUAUCUUUUCGACGGAUUGGGCAACUACUUCAACAAGGAGUGGGAUCUGAUGGAAGGCAGCGGGAGAGAGUUCUGUUGGUACCAUGCGGAGCUCCCGAAGGGAAACCAGAAGUUGGCAUUGUCGGCUCAGUAUCUCAUCGAUGUCCUGUGCCCCCCGCUUAAGCUCCAGGACAUCCUCACACUCGUCAGCAAUGGCCCCUUUUGCGGGCACGUCGACGGCGCCCUCGUGUUCCGGGUGAAUUCUUCGGGUCCUUCCGCCAGCAGCUUCACCCUGAGGCUGGCCGCCAGGGUGACCGAGAACUCAGUCAUCACUGUGAGUCUGGGACGGGUCCCAAGAUUGGGGUUUUCACCCACGGGGCAGUCGCUCCUGUCAGAGAUCCCAAGCAUUGAGAGCACGGAUUUGGUGAGGGAUGAGGAGAAGGAGGGACCUAGUGGAAUUGUCAUUCGGGAGCAUGUUCUUGAAUUUUUGUUGACGAUGAACCACUCGGAGGAGGCUGACAAUCCUGUGCCAGUUAGGGUUUCAAACCUUGUUGUGCAUAUUAUUGACACACAUGUCGAUCAUGUCCAGGAUAUAGUGACUAAGCUUGAGAUGGAACUGGAUGCAGUGGAGCUGGAAUUAGACAAGGGAGGUUCUACAUUGAAGAAACAAAUGCUGGAUGACAGAAAAUUUCCCAAAAUGCAUUUAAAUUUGCAGCGCUUCCUACAGGUUGUUGCUCACGGCGAGCAAGUAUUCCCACGUGUAAAAGAGAAAUGUUCAGCCAAAAGUUGGUUUGCGAGUGAAGAUAUCAUUGCCCUUGAAGAACUAAUUGGUCGUCUUAGGAGGCUAAAAGAGAAUUUGGGAUUUAUAGUAAACCGGGUUGCAGCAAUUCAAGCUGGUCUUGAUAGUUGGCAGUCAGAACAAAUCAAUAGGAAGCUCUAUUAUCUUUCUUUUCUCUCUAUUAUCUUCCUUCCUUUAUCAAUCAUUACAGGAAUAUUUGGAAUGAAUGUUGGUGGUGUGCCAUGGACAGCACAAAGAGAUCCCUCUCUGCAAGAUGGUUUUCGCAAUGUUAUGAUUCUCUGUGUUGUGAUGUUGUUUUUACUUUUAGUUUCUUUUUCGUUUCCUUCCCUUUAUGCAAGGGUAAAUUCUUGGCGUAGACGGCAUGCUAUGAGGAGGAGUUGGUCAAUUAAUAGAAAGUCCUUCUUGAGUAGAACCUUUCAACGAGGUGGAUUUCAGGGAGGAGGUUACAUGCGCAUUUAAAGUUCUUUACGGUGCAUAUCUUUGGAACUAAAUUUCAGCAUCAUAUGCUCUGACUUCUUUGGCACAAGAUUCUCCUGAAAAUUCCUUCUCUUAUCUGUUUUUCCUUGUAAAGAUUAUAUUGUCUGAAUUAUGUGGACAACCUUCAUCUUGGUUGCUCUGAUCUUUCGAGUCCUUUGCACCUUUGUGGGGAAACUCUUUUGUGCCAUUUCCACCAUCACAGAACAUGGAUUUCUUUAGAAACCUAUUGGCAUGGAGUAAAGAUUGUACUCUGAUUGACACUAAAGAUUGUGCUCACCAUAAGACAUUCUCGCAUUGGAAGAUUGAAGCUUGUCAACCUUCAAUACAGAGUAGUCAGAACUUGAUGAAUGGUUCUUGGUGUAACCUCAUCACACUCUGGAGCUGCUAAAUUUUGCCCUUUUUUUGGGUUCAAAACAGCUGAAAGCAUAUAUGUAACCCCAUAGAUGAUCAGAAUUCACAAAUCAUUGAUUCAGCAUGUAGUAACAUUCUGAUGCAUCUGUUGCAAAAAAGAAUCCUUUUAUUUUGGCUUUCUUGUGCAGCAUAAAAUGAAACAUGUAUUUGUUUCCCUGUGGUAAGAAAACCAACAUAAUGCAGCAGGCAUUUGCCCUUGGUUUCAA